AUGACAAACACAAAAGGAAAAAGGAGAGGGACACGCUACUUGUUUCCUAGGCCCUUUCGAAAACAUGGUGUUGUCCCUUUGGCUAUGUAUACGCGAAUAUACAGGAAAGGUGAUAUUGUAGAUAUCAAGGGUAUGGGCACAGUUCAGCAAGCAAUGCCCCACAAAUGUUACCACUGCAAGACUGGACGAGUCUAUGUUACUCAACGUUCUGUAGGUAUUAUUGUAAACAAACAGGUUAAGGGCAAGAUUCUAGCCAAGAGAAUUCAUGUGCAUAUUGAGCAUAUUAAGCAUUCUAAGAGCAGAGAUAGCUUCCUGAAGCGUGUAAAGGAAAAGGAUAAGAAGAAGAAGGAAUCCAAAGAAAAAGGCACUUGGGUUCAACUGAAAUGCCAGCCUGCUCCACCCAGAGAAGCACACUUUGUGAGAACCAAUCCCCUAUGA